CAUAAUGGUUGUGUAAACAAAGAAAAAUAUGUUUGGUCAAUGAUUGCAUGAUUUUCAUUACUGUACUACAAAAUGUUCAUCAAGAGAAAAUGUAUAUUUGUGUUCACGGAACUUUUAACGUUGCACAAAAAAUAUUAUGUUGGCCGAGCAAGAGGGACCAGCGACAAUCAUCCGAGCAUGCGCAAAGGAGUUCUACGCUUCUGGAAUUUCCCACCAAGAGUCACGACGUUGUUUGUGGUAUUUUGUUUCAGUCUUAAAACUAAAUGCAGUGCCGCUAUUGUAAAUUUUCACAUCUGCAGCAAGACAUCCUGCUUAAGCACUACAGGCUUCAUCAUUGGCAAGCAGACUUUGAAGUCUUUGUUGGAGCGACCUGACGUUCUUGAGAAGACGUUUCCCAUUAAGGAGGGUACACCAGGAUUCUACACCUCACCUUUUGAUGGAAACAAUGUUACUUCGAGUCAUUCUCUCACCUGACAAUAUCAGGAAGUUAUCAAUUCCCACACCAUCAUCAAUUGAGGAACUCUCUGCAGUUCUCUGUGAAAAACUGCAGAUAAUGGGAAGUUUUGUUAUCCAAUAUGAAGACCCUGAUUUCAACAAUGAACUUUGUACUUUACAUGACAUCACAGAGCUUCCAAAAGACAAGGCUACUUUGAGGAUCCACUGGGAAGUAGUUUUAAGCCCAGUGGUGGACGAUGCUCACCUUUCAGAUUUCACUGUGGAUACAGCAAGCAUGACUUCCACUCAGUCGUCAGCUUCAUCACCCCAUCCAGCUUCUCCUCCCUAUCCAGCUUCUCCUCCCUCUACAUCUAGAUUAAAGCAGUGGCCAAGCACAUUUCCAGUGCCUUCAUUUUCAUAUGAUGUGGAGUUGAGGUUGAAAAAAGCUAAUGAGGAUCUUCAAGAAAAUGGAACAGCCCUGAUUGUUCCAAGAUACAUGAAAAUGAAUAUAUUGGACAAAUUGGCUGAAACUGUGUACUCUUACAAAGCCUACACAAAGGACUCUGAUAUAGAGAAGGUUGCAUCUGCUUUGGUAGAAAAACACCCAUGUCUCAAAGACGCAGGAUCUGACACGACAGGAUGUGAAGCAUGGAAAAUGAGCCUUAAGUUUAAAAUGGCUAAUUAUCGUCAGAAACUCCGCAAUGCAGGAUGCAGUGAGAUGGUUGUUAAUACUCACUCAAGACAAGGUUCAUCUCGUGGAUCUCUCAAGAGACCCAAAAGAUCUGAACUCAACUUUCUUCCUGACCAUCCUGUUGGUUUGGAUGAAGAAGAAUUGGAGAAGGAAAGGUCAUCGAUGGAGGAAGAAGUGAAAAAGAGAAAUUUGAGCUUGACUGUUUUGAAUGCAAUGAUGGAGACAACAUUUUCCUUGAGGAGAAAAGAAAUUGUGCAGGAUCAGCCGCUGGUGUCAACAAUCAAGCAAAGAUGGCCAGGACUGUUUUUUGAGGAGGAGGUUUGUGCUGAAUUCUUCCGCAUCAACCGUAUUGACCUGAAGUCAACAUUCCUGACAUCGCUGGACAAUCACACCCAGGGGUUCCUGAAGAUGUACAGAGCCAAAGCAAGACAGGGAAGGUGGAACGACUUGGAUGAACUUCUGGAGAAACUGGAUGCCCAGACCACAGAUCUAACUACUUAUAGAAGGUCUGCUGUUCUUCGUGGUCUUCCCCUGUACUUGAGAGAGCCAGCUUCAAUUUCAAAGACUAUUAAGGAUACUGAAGCACUGGGGCCACACACAAAGGCCAUGAAAAUGGGGAUCCUGGAAGUAACUGACAGUUCUACCAACUCAGGACCAUAUCCCACAGUGGUCAAUGUGGCUGUAGUACUGGAGGAGGAAGUAGUCAUGGACAAUCUGGGAGACUUCACAAAUGCCCUCAUGAUGCUCUUUGGUCUGCUUUAUGCUCUAAAUAUGGAGUACCCUAAUGACUUAAGGUACACAUUCGAGGCAGUCCAGAAGAUUCUCUUAAACCUGGGAAAAGAGUGCACAGCAAGGAUCCAGUCCUUUAAGAACAAGUUAUUACAGGUGUAAUGGUCAUUACUGUUAAUUGCCAGUCAUUGAGGUAUUUUGAGGUAUCAAAGGUUUCAUGGUUCUCUUAAAUGGCAGUGACCUUUUUUUGUUGAAUUUUUGUAACUGUUCUGGAACAUGUCACAAAUCAUUUUGAACCAAUUUUACACCUUCCUUAUGUGUUUGUUGAAAACAUGGCAAUAUGUGGAGAGCAGUGCUUACCUUUUUCCCCUUUUCCCUGUUCCCCCACGCUGCAGUUUAUUUCCGAGUAAUUUGAAUUUCAGAGAGAAUAUCUAAUUUUUUUUUUUAACCAUAUUUGAGUUUAUGCUGAUAUUUGAUUUGUAAAGCAGUCAUCCCUGAGAAAUAUCAGAAUGUUUCACUUUUAAAGCAGACAUGUUUUUCCAAUAGAACUGUUUUGAUUUAAAUAAGUGACCAUUGUAACCUGAAAGUAGUGUGCAUUAAUGUGUUUUUAUAUGUAAUGUUACUUUGCACUUAGUCUUUAAAAGACUAAAAUGUUCAGAUGUUCACAGGUAAAGCUGUCAUGUUUUACCGAGUUUCAUUUUGUAAUGCAGAUAUUUGUUUUUCCAGUGCAACUAUUGAGUGACAUGCCAUGCUUUCUUGAACUCUCAGAUCUUGUUACUAGGACACUGGUUGAAUACUUGUGUAAUAUUGCACUUGAGCCACAGGCGAG